AUGUGCAACGAAGCUAUGAAAAAGUGGAGAGUAUUUAUUCCAGUCGGAGCAGGUAACAAACCAAAACGUGAUUAUAUUUAUGUGCCUAAAAGCCAACAUUUAUUGAUAUGUUUUCACUCUUGGCAAUUGAUUCAAACAAAAUGCUGAAUAAAAUUUGUUGCAGGAAUUAGCAAAAGUUUUUAGAAUCGAUCAGCUUGAAGCCUUACGAAUGGAGCAGUCAGAGGAGGAUCUUCGUAGAGAACAAUAUGAGCCUCCAGACCAAGCGCAGUCUAACGUUUUGCCCAGUUUUUCGGUCCACAUACUAGACCCCUUUCUCUCUCCAGCACCACUCGUGGCACACGAUGUUGAAAGCACUUUAGAGGUAUGCCACUGUACUGUUGUUCUGCCGAUCAUUUUUGAAAGUGGAAUAUUUGAUUUUUUUUUUAAGGAAGGAGAUUUCAACUAAAUUAAAAGGAUCUAUAUUCGUAAAGAAGAAUGAAAUGAGAUCAGAAGAGGCAUUUGGUUUAAACGGAGAUUGCGAGUUUUAAAAGGUUUAGGGGUUUGCAGUUUUUUUAAAAACCUGCAUUAUCCACCGCAAUCUUCUCCACGGGGGGAUCCUUUCGUAAGCCCUCAGACUGCGGUUCAAAAGUGAUAUUGCAGGUCAUUACAGGUGUUAGCUAUCAGAAGAGAUAAUAUUAUUUAUUCAGUUCUCGUUGAGUGCGAGACCCUUCCAUUAGAAGUUUAUUAUUAUGUAUCAUGUCAAUUCAUUACGCUUCUCUAUACCUAAACCUUAAGAGAAGUCCUCCUCUCGAGUGAAGCCUCUCUUCCCCGUGUGAAGGGAGUAUCCCUUCCGGGAAAAAAAGGUUUGUCUGUAGAUGAACAUGCUUAGCAAAAAAAAGCCAUUUGCACAGUAGCAAGUGAUUUUGGAGGCGAUCUUCACCCAUGGUGAUGUGCUGAUUCAGCGUUCCGGGAGCACAAACGUCACCUCAUUGAAAACUAGGCAGUUUUGCGGGACAAGUAGCUUAUUUCAAUUCAACUAAACGCUCGCAGCCUUGCGAAGAUUAAAUCGUCAACUAUGGUUUCUUGUUCAGCUCUGAUAAAGGAAAAUGUGUAAAAUGAAUUCCACCUUCACCAAAAAUCAAAUUCUUCAUCCUCAAAAUUCAGGCUAUUGCCAAUAUCUGUAGAUUGUGUUUUUUGAUAUAUAACGUAUUGUAUCAUGUAGUAACCUAAUGCACUAAUCUAAUUUGUUGCUACUUUAUAACUUAGCCUACCAACCAAUCUCGGUAGUGAUCUGCCUCUGGUUACAGGUGGAGCCCAACCAGGACAACCAGGUGAUGAUUGCUCAGACGUUUUUUUUUCUGGCUUACACGAAUCAUUAACCGCUGUGGAAACAUCCUUGGAAUGGCAGCCAACGCCACAAGUACAACUGAAACUCCACGCCCUUAAUAACUUCCUGAGGCAUGCCGAUGGAAGUUUGAUCCCGGUGUGGUCUCAAUUAAGCACAAAUGCCGAUAACGUCUCGUCUUCCACCGCACGCUACUGCAAGCACAAAGGAGCACAAGUUUUGGGGACGGUAUUUGAGGUUAUAGUACCUGAACAAUCAAAGUGGCUUACGCAGCAAGUUAUGGAAAAGUACUGUCAUUCCACUAAUUCAGAGGUGAACACUCCUGAACAGACAUAA